UCAGUCGUGUUCGACUCUUCGAGACCCCAUGGACUGCAGCCUACCAGGCUCCUCUGUCCAUGGGAUUUUCCAGGCAAGAGUACUGGAGUGGGGUGCCAUCGCCUUCUCCGGGUAAAAGUUACUAGAAGGAUUAUUUUUCACAAAUGUGGUAAUUAACCAAAAAUUAGUUUUCUUUUUGUCUACACUCUUCUUAUUAAGCAUAUAUAUUUACCCCUUUACUUGUAUUUAUGAUAUAGACUUACUUUCAGUUUCACAUUGAAGGCCCAGGUCUGAUCCAUAGUAUUAUUUCACAUCCCAGGGUUGUAAGAAGAAUAUAACAGAUUCCAGCCCUCUGGCAUCACCUAAUGUAAAAGCCUGGUACAGGCACAGUUUAGAAAAGAGCUACUGAAUUUAAAUUUGCAGGAGCUGAAGCAAAACUUCAUAAAAUGGACAGAAUUCUUGCCAGGGUAGCUGACUUAAGACAGCAAUAAAUCAGUGAGUGAGAACUACAGCACAGGAUCACAUUAUUCUGACUUUGUGGCCUUUAUAGACACUGAAACCUGGAUGAGGAGACAUCCCUUUGAACUUAUAUUUGCAAAACGUUGUGUCCAUUAUUUUAUCUUAUGGGUUUCCUUUUUUUUUUUUUUUUUUUUUGGUCUUUAUUUCCUCAUCCCGCCAUCUCUGUCUCUUGGGUGCAGAAUCUGCUUACCUAUCUGUUCAGGUGGCCUUGAUUUACUUGUGGGAACUUGCUUCCUCAGAGAAAGGUAUUGAGGACUGAACUGGGUGCAGUUUGGCCGUGGCUCAAUAGAGGGAGUUGGGGAGCCGAGAGAAGAGCGAGCUCAGGAACGUGUCCGGUGAAGUGUGCGCGCACCGUGCCCCAGGCAGCCAGGAGGAGGGGGCGGGACGGGGCGGCUGCCUCUGGCUGCUCCACCCUCACUGUGUCAGCAGGUAGAGAGCGUGAUUGCAGUCCCAGGGGAGGGAGUCCGAGCUAGAACACCAAUUACAAACCACAGGCUUCCUCCUCUAGGGAGUUGAUCCAGAAUUGUCUUUCUGGAAGGGAAGCACUUGAAUCCUUCCGAACUUUCCAAGUCUAUCCAUGAUUCAGAGACCUUGCCUUCUCCCUUUGGGAUUGUCUGUGUUCCUGGUAGUGAAUUGUUGCUGAUGUAUUUGCUUCUUUGCUCUUUCAAGAUCUCAUCAUUUUUAUAUGCUGUUUGGGGAGAAAAAGGACUUUUGUUAGAAAGGAGAUUUCAGAAAUGGUUUUGGAUCCUCUCUAAGUGUUUUUAGAAUUCUUUGGGGACAGUAGCUCUAACCUUGGAGUAAGUUUCUGCCUUUGACCUGCAUGGAUUAUUUUUUCAGGCUGCGGAAUUUCUCGGCUCCUACCUGCAGUGUGGGGCACUUGGUUUGGUUGCAGAGUAAGAAGGUGGAAGAAUGAACUGUACUUGGUUAAGCAGUUGAAACCUUUUCUUGAGCAGGAUCUAUAAAAGCAUAAUUGAAUUUGUUUCACCCCCGUGGAUUCCAGUGGGCCCGACAGCACAACAGGUUUGCAGAUUUCUUUUGAAAUUCUUUUUUUUCUCCCUCUGCCUCAGCGAAAGAAAGGAAUCUAUAUAACAGGUUCAUAUUCAAUUGCUUGGCUUUUCAGCACUUAUUCUGAAGACUUAAUAAGAUUUUUUAACUUGACCUCUGAACACAGUGGGCUUUGUGGUUGAAGUGCAUUUAUAUUUACUAAAGGGUGCACAUUUUGAAAUCUUAGAAUAAGAUUUUGUUUGUACAAAGACCCAAAUUCUCAAGUGUGCCUAGAAAUAGCACAGAUCUACUCUACUCAGGAUUAUUUUUACUUUUUCAGGGCAUUCUACUUAGAGCCUGUAGACUAAUCACCUCCUUACUCCCCCUAUCUUUUAUUCCCCACCCCCUCAAGGAAUUUGAAAACGUGUUAGGAAUAGUCCUUUGUUUUACUAUGAACCCAGAAAAUUACAGAUUAUAAGAUCUGGAUAAUAAAGUAGUUUCCAAAAUCAUCUCAUGGGAAAUCACAGUGCUUGGCAUUCUCAAGUAGGAGAAUAAAAGGAGGAAUCCCUAAGAUAGAAAGGAAAAUAAAGAUAGAAAUAUGAAUUUCAACUGGAAAAGAUAAUUGGAAAGCCAACCUUUUCAAAUACUCUUCGAAUUAUGAAAAUUGGAAAAGAUUGUGAUGCUCAGAUUUAUCCUGUGAAUAUGUGAAGACAUAAAUUAGCACCUAACUUACUGGCAAAUCUAGGUAGAAAAUUUAAAACUCAUAGUAUAUUUAAGUUCAUGAAAAGUGUUAUAGGUUCGGUGGGCCUGGAACUUUGGCUACACUGAAAUACAGUUUAAUGUUGAAACUUUUAUGAAUACAUGUAGCAUCUUUGGCCAUCUCUCAAGGUGUGGUCUGAAAUAUUGUUCCCUCUUCUUCCCCUUAAAAAAGAAGCUCUGUGAUCUUUAGUCUUUUACCAUUGACAAGUUUUGUAACUUAAAGGGGCCACCUCUUCAUUUUCUGAGCUGGAGUUUUUCACUCUCACCUUUGAUGCACGGCCUUGGUCGUUUACUUUGCCUUGUUUUGUUCAUUAACAUUGGGUUUAGUGGCUCGAGGACUUGUUGCAUAUGGAAGACCAGCACCAGGUGAUCUGACAUAAUAAAAAUUCAGGAUGUGACAUUCAACCUCAAGCAACACUGAAAAUUCCAAAGAGAAGUGCGAUAUCUUUACUAAUCGUAGUGAAGAUGGGAGAAAAUGACAUACCUGAAGCAGAAGUAGGCUGACAAUAACCUUCUUCCCUGCUUGAGCGGGAAUACCACCUGUCCUUGGAAAUAUACUUUAGAGAAAGGAAGGGCCAAAACUACGACUCGGCUUUCUGAAACGGACGCAGAAGUUUCUUUUCCUCCAUUUGUCUGGAUGUGAGAACCUGCGUUUGGUCUUAGCUACUGGAAGCAGUAUGUAUGGCCGAAGUGCAUCGCUGCAGCUGGUAGCAUGAGUGGUGGCCACCAGCUACAGCUGGCUGCCCUCUGGCCCUGGCUGCUGAUGGCUACCCUGCAGGCAGGCUUUGGACGCACAGGACUGGUACUGGCAGCAGCGGUGGAGUCUGAAAGAUCAGCUGAGCAGAAGGCUAUUAUCAGAGUGAUCCCCUUGAAAAUGGACCCCACAGGAAAACUGAAUCUCACUUUGGAAGGCGUGUUUGCUGGUGUUGCUGAAAUAACUCCAGCAGAAGGAAAAUUAAUGCAGUCUCACCCCCUAUACCUGUGCAACGCCAGCGAUGACGACAACCUGGAGCCUGGGUUCAUCAGCAUCGUCAAGCUGGAGAGUCCCCAACGGGCCCCCCGCCCCUGCCUGUCACUGGCCAGCAAGGCCCGGAUGGCGGGGGAGCGAGGCGCCAGCGCCGUCCUCUUUGACAUCACGGAGGAUCGCGCUGCUGCUGAGCAGCUGCAGCAGCCUUUGGGGCUGACAUGGCCUGUGGUGUUGAUCUGGGGUCACGAUGCUGAGAAGCUGAUGGAGUUUGUGUACAAGAACCGAAAGGCCCACGUGAGGAUUGAGCUGAAGGAGCCCCCGACCUGGCCAGAUUACGAUGUGUGGAUCCUCCUGACGGUGGUGGGCAUCAUCUUUGUGGUCAUCCUGGCCUUGGUGCUGCGUAUCCGGUGCCGCCCCCGCCACAGCAGGCCGGACCCCCUUCAGCAGCGAACAGCCUGGGCCAUCAGCCAGCUGGCCACCAGGAGUUACCGGGCCGGCUGCCGGGGCGCCCGCAAGGAGUGGCCAGACUCCGGGAGCAGCUGCAGCUCCGCCCCGGUGUGCGCCAUCUGCCUGGAGGAGUUCUCCGAGGGCCAGGAGCUCCGGGUCAUUUCCUGCCUCCAUGAGUUCCAUCGUGCCUGUGUGGACCCCUGGCUGCAUCAGCAUCGCACUUGCCCCCUCUGCAUGUUCAACAUCGUAGAGGGAGAUUCGCUUUCACAGUCCCUGGGACCCUCUCGAGCUUACCAGGAACCGGGCCGGAGGCUACACCUCAUUCGCCAGCACCCCGGCCAUGCGCACUACCACUUGCCCGCCGCCUACCUGUUGGGCCCUUCCCGGAGCGCGGUGGCUCGGCCCACCCGGCCCGGCCCCUUCCUCCCGUCUCAGGAGCCAGGCGUGGGCGCGCGGCACCACCGCCAACCCAGAACCACACACCCCCGGGCUCCGGGCGAGCCCCAGCGCCUGGCGGUGGCCCCGCGCCCCUACGCCCCGGGCUGGGGUCUGAGUCACCUCCGCUGCACCUCCCAGCACCCUGCCACCUGCCCCGCGCCCCCUCGCCGGACCAGGCCCCACGACAGCAGCGGGUCCGGAGAGAGCUACCGCACAGAACGCAGCGGCUACCUGGCGGAUGGGCCAGCCAGCGACUCCAGUUCGGGGCCCUGCCACGGCUCUUCGAGCGACUCGGUGGUUAACUGCACGGACGUCAGCCUGCAGGGCAUCCACGGCAGCAGCUCCACCUUCCGCAGCUCCCUGAGCAGUGACUUCGACCCCCUGGUCUACUGCAGCCCCGAAGGGGAGCCCCCGGGGAAGGCAGCUCAGCCUAGCAUGGCCUCCCGGCCCCGUUCUCUGGACUCAGUGGUGCCCGUGGGGGAAACGCAGGUUUCCAGCCACGUCCACUACCACCGUCACCGGCACCACCACUACAGAAGACGCUUCCGGUGGCACGGCAGGAAGGCCGAGCCCGAAACUGGAGUCCCCCCAUCCAGGCCUGCCGUUCCUCGGACACAGCUCCAGCCGGAGCCACCUUCGCCCGAUCUGCACGCGACCAGGUGCAGCCCAGCAGCCCUUUCAGGGCAGCCCCCCGCCCCGCAGCGGCCCCGGGCCCUCACGGAGCCAGCCCCCGGGCCACCCGACGCCUCCAGCUCCAGUCCCGCAGCCAGCAGCCUCUUCCACUUGCAGAAAUCCAGCCUUUCUGUCCGACACCCACAGAGGAGACGGCGAGGGGGACCCCUGGAGCCCACCCCAGCCUCUCGAUCCCAGGACUUGACUACCCACCCAACUUGCCAGAUUUUCCCCCAUUAUGGCCCAAGCCUGGCACACCCUUGGUCCCCAGAGGCCCACCCACUGAUCUUCGGACAUCCAGGCCUGGAGAGGAGGCUGCUACCAGAAGCCCCAGGCCCUACAUACCCAAGUUCCCAGCCAGUGUGGUUGUGUCUGACACCACGCCAGCCCCUCGGACCACACCCAUCUGGGGAGGGGCCUUCCGCAUGGAGUUCUGGCACCCCGGAGGGCAGGCCAUGCCCUUACCCACACUGCCAGGUGCUACCAGCCCAGCCUGGCACAGAAGAAGAGCUGGAGGAGCUGUGUGAACAGGCCGUGUGAGAUGUUCAGUCCUGGCUCCAACCAAGAGAGCUCGCUGGAUGACUCGGGGCCCUACCUGGCACAGAGUCCUGCUCCUCAGAAAAGAAAGGACUUCAGAAAACAACCCUCCCCCCCCCCUUUUUCUGGGCCAUAUUCCUGGAGCCACUGGCAGAGGGUGGUGAUGGUGGGUGGCAGGUGUCCUCUCCUGCUCCCAGCUCCAGACCUUGUCGGCAGAACCACCUGUGUCCAGCCAGGCAACCAGCUCCCACUGGUGUAGGUGGGCUCCCUUGCAGGCUGCGCUUUUCUGAGAGCAGGAAGCUAGGCAUGGGUAGACAGGUGCGAUAAAGGUGGUGCUCCUUCCCCAGCCUGAGCACUUCUCCUUCAUCCCAGGCCUCAUGUUCAUACCAGCAAAUGGGUUCAGCCGAAUGAAUGAACCCUGCUCACCUCCUUCCUGAAGACAGUCUUGCACACCAGCUUUGGCUUCCCUUCGUAAGGCUGCUGCAUCAAUGGCAACCCUGGUUCUUAUCGUUUUCCUUCUUUGCAAAGAGAUGAUGGGCUUUGCAGCUUCACCAGGCAGGGCCUGCCCUGGUGCACAAGGAGUUUUCCCUCCUUGUUGGUACCUGUCAGCUCCUCUAUAUUCAGUCAGAGGAGAAGCCAGGGUGUGCGGUCCCUGAAGUGGUGCAGGACCUUGAAGAACCUGGGUUGAAGCCUCUGAUCUUCAGGCUCCCUUGUCGUUCCAGCAGCUCCAGUCCCUCUGGGGGAGAGUGGUGGGGGUAGUGGGAAGGGGCUCACUCUUCCUUGGAGAUCGCUUAGCUGAAAAUCCCAAGGACAUGGAAGAUGAGGAUUUCUGCGGGACUUUAUUUAGGAAGAGGGAGGAGCAGAUGAAGGUAGAAAAGGCUGAAUUCCAGCUGAACAAGGAAUUUUCCUCUGGGCGCUUCCUCUCAGAGCAGGGAGAGGGAACGGGGGAGAACACGGGAGAAGCAGUCUGGGGCCCUUGAGAUUAGAUGGCCCAGAGGCCCAGCUUCCCAGUAUAAGCCACGCAGGUCAGAUACACAGUGCGGAGUGGGGUCAGAGAAGGAAGUCUGGCCCGGGGCAGCUGGUCCCAAGUGGGCAAGAGCUGAGGGGCCUCCUCGGGGCGACGUUCGCCCUAGAGCAGCUGAACCACCGCUGGCCCCCUCAGGCGUUAUCCCAUUUGGAAUGUGAAUGCGGGAACAGAGUGGGCUC